AUGAAUCUCUAUCGCUUCCAAAAGAUCUCUUUUCUCCUUGUGAUCACAAAUACUAUAUGCCUAUUGUAUAUUCCAAGAUCUUUGGGUGAGGAUGAUGAGCAAUACCUCAACUGCAGCGCUUUGUUUCAAUGCGCAAAUAUUCCGAAUAUUGGUUACCCUUUUUGGGGAUCAAGCCGGCCCAAUUAUUGUGGCUACCCGGAAUUCAAGUUGAACUGCACCGGGGAUGCCCCGGUGAUCUCAUUCCAGGACAAAGAUUAUCGAGUCCUGGAUAUCAACCAAAGUGCAAGUACUCUUAGAAUCGCUAGGACAGACUACUGGAACAACGUUUGUCCUGUGUCACCUGGCAACACCACAAUAGAAGUAAACCAUGUAGAAUAUGCUUCAGAUGUUCAAGAACUACUGCUGUUCUAUGACUGCCCCCCACUCAAUAUUCCUCUUCCAAUUCAGCUAACAAGUCAGUUCAACUGCAGCAUAAACAGCACUGCCAAUUACAUCAAUUACUUUGUCAUACAAAACCUCACGAAUUCUGGGCUCACGAAUAUUAGUGGUACCUUUGGAACGUGCCACACGACCGUCACUGCCCUUGUUUCGCAAUCAGCGGGUGAAAAUUUGGCGACGAAUUCCACCAAGGACAAUCUAGUUGCCGUUCUUGAUUCUGGGUUUGGGUUGACAUGGGAUGCAAGUAAUAACUUGUGUAAGCAAUGUAACGGAUCUGGUGGUCAGUGCGGGUACAAUACAGCUACAGCUAAGUUCAGUUGCUAUUGCAAGGAUGGACCUCAUCCCUCAAACUGUGCAGGUUUGGCUGUUGGUGGAUUUUCCGUGAUGGUAAUCAUUCUUUGUAUUAUAUGCAUAUCAAGAAAAAGAAUGGUCUUAUUCGUCAAGAAAGAUAAGAGGGAUGAGUUUGAUGUUGAGGCAUUUAUAAGGAACUAUGGAUCGCUUACUCCAAAGCGGUAUACCUAUGAAAAUGUCAAGAAAAUGACAGACUCUUUCAGAGACAAAAUAGGUAAAGGUGGAUAUGGAACUGUGUACAAAGGCAGGCUACCUGAUGGGCUUCUGGUGGCGGUCAAAGUCCUAAGCGAGUCCAAGGGUAAUGGAGGAGAAGAUUUUAUUAAUGAAGUGGCAAGCAUUGGUAGAACCUCCCAUGUCAACAUAGUCACUCUUUCUGGAUUCUGUUACGAGGGGGACAAACGAGCUUUGAUUUAUGAAUACAUGCCUAAUGGAUCUCUGGAUAAUUUCAUACAUAAGCACGGAUCUGGAAUGGAAAAUUUUCUCUUAGAAUGGAAAACACUAUCUGAAAUUGCAGUUGGUAUUGCGCGAGGACUAGAAUACCUACACCGUGGAUGUAACACAAGAAUUUUGCAUUUUGACAUAAAGCCACAGAACAUUCUUCUCGACAAAGAUUUUCGCCCAAAAAUCUCUGAUUUUGGCCUUGCCAAAUUAUGUAAAACGAAGGACAGUAUUGUAUCGAUGAUUGGGACAAGAGGAACUGCAGGAUACAUUGCACCAGAAGUGUUUAGCCGGAACUUUGGUGGAGUAUCUCACAAAUCUGAUGUUUACAGCUACGGUAUGUUGGUUCUUGAAAUGGUUGGAGCAAAAAAUAAUUUGGAUUCGGGAGUGUCUCAUUCAAGUGAAAUGUUUCCACAUUAUGUUUAUAAAGAUCUAGAGCUAGAAAAGGAUGAAAAUGCAUUUGGGGCAAUCACAGAGGAGGAAAAAGAAAUAGGAAGAAAGAUGGUAUUAAUAAGUCUGUGGUGCAUUCAGACCAUUCCUUCUGAUCGGCCAUCAAUGAGCAAAGUUGUAGAGAUGUUGGAAGGACCCCUUCAUUCCUUGCGAAUUGCACCCAAACCUUUCUUGUUUUCUCCUACAAUAGCUGCAGAAGACUCUAUGACUACAACUAGUGGCGGAUCCACCAUGGGGUCAAUGGUGUCAGACGGCCCCAUGGCAGCCCUGGAAAUGGCUUCGAGGUCCCAUGUUUGCCUUGGCAGCCAUGGGAGACGACCCCAUGGAGAAGAAGACAUGCAAGCUGUGAGGGAGAAGAUAGAGAGAGGAAGAAAAGAGAAAGAGAGGGAGGAAGAAGAA